UCCUCCCUAAAACCCUAAUACACACUUCUUUCUCCGUCUGUAUUUUUGUCAUUGCAAUUUCCACUUCACCGUGCUGCGAAGUUUGAGCUUUUCAAUCAAUAAUCAGCACGGUUUUGAAACUGCAAUUGAGAGUGGAAAGAGCUAUGUGUUUUUUUUUGGAGUCGGCCAUACUUCCAAUCAGUGAAAAUUUCCACAGUUUUCUCCAAUGAGAUUUUUUGGCAUAAAAUACCAUUUGGCUUCAUAAUUAUGGGCAGCUAUGAUUAAAACCUAAUCUGAGUAUCUCUAGGGAAAAAGAGAACAAUAAAAUAUUGUUUUGGUGAGCGACCAGAAAGAGUGGGUUUUGAUUCCAAAUAGAUCAUAAAAGGAAGAAGGGGAUUUAUCAGUCUCAGAUGAUUAUAGAAGGGGGUUUAUCCUCUCUUCAACUCCCACGUCAAUAAUAUUGGUUUGGUAUAAGAAGUAGGAGGAGUUCCUCUCUCUUUAUGGUCAGAUAGCUUCCAACUAAGAGCAGGGGUCAUGGCAGAAGAUAUCACGGCCACAUGCGAUAAGGAGGUGCUUGUGAAGAUUGUGAAGUUGGCACAAACACGUAAAAUUAAGGGUAUUGAAGGAGAAUGGAAAGAUUUUCUGCAAUCUCAUGACAAGAAGUUCGGAUCUAGCCUAAGUGAUCCUUCUAGAAGGUCAAUCGACAUCUUGGCUGCUUUUGUAAAGACAAUUACUGGGGAGGAAGAUGUGAAGCUUAUUACUAAUUUAGUGAAACUUCAUGAGAAUUAUAAGUCCAUGGAAUUUCUUAUGAAGAACUCUCAGCACCCGGAAUCCCCUGAACAGAAGUUAGUUCGUCUAACAAUGGAACAUCCCGAAUACCUGAAGCGUUAUUCCUUCCCAUCCUAUAAUGAGGACUGGGUGAUUACUAGGGUUGGUAAAAUUUCCAAGGUUUUGAAAUCAAAUGCGAUGGUUGCUGUUGAUUGUGAGAUGGUGCUUUGCCAAGAUGGUACUGAGGAAGUGGUGAAAGUAUGUGUUGUGGAUCAGAAUAUGGAGGUCAAGCUUGACAAGCUUGUAAAUCCCAUGAAGGUUGUUAGUGACUAUCGGACAGAUAUUACUGGAAUAACAGAAGAAGACUUGAAAGAUGUAUCUUGUUGUUUAUCAGAUAUACAGAUAUUGCUCAAAAAGCUACUGAAACCGGGAAUGAUUUUAGUUGGCCACAGCUUACAUAAUGAUUUACAAGCUCUGAAAAUCGAUCAUAGGAGGGUGAUUGAUACAUCAUUUAUAUUUAGUUUUCUUGAUAGACCCCGCCACUAUUCUGCCAGCUUGUAUGACCUAUGUAAGUUGGUCUUAGGUUUUGAACUUCGAAAGGAAGGUGCUCCACAUGUUUGCAUGGAUGAUGCACGAGCAACGAUGAAGCUGGUUCUUGCGAAGUUAGAGCACGGAUUUGAUGAACCCAUUGCAGUGCCGCUCAAAGAUGAUACCCCUGAAAGUGAUUUGACUAAGCUUCUUAUUCACAAGUUGCCUGCAACUGUCUCCCUCAAGGAAUUGCUUAAAAUAUUUCCAGACAUGGAUACCGUUGAACUUCAGCCCUUCAAAACAAGCAAAUCAAAUCAGUCUGCAUUUGCUAUUUUCAAGGAUCCUACUUGGGCGAGCAAAGCAUUUGAUAUGUUAGAUGGUGAGCUGGGAGAGGACUCUGGAGGGCGACCCCAGAAACUGGUUUCAGUUGAGCUGAAAGGUGGCCAAAAUGUGAGUUUCUUUGUUCGUAAAAUGACAUCCAAGGAGUUUCCUAUUAUCCUAAAAAAGAGGUUGGCCCAAGUUGAAAUGAAAGGGGAAUGCAAGAGGCAAAAAGCAGACAAGUCCAAUGUGUGUGAGCACAUAAAGGAGAUCGAACAACUGCAACACAAGCUGCAAGAAAAGGACCAGGAGAUCAAGAGUUUACAAAAGAUUUUGUCUUCGCUAACAAGGAAACAUGGCCUUUGAAAAUGAAAUGAACUUGAGGCUUCAAUUCUGAGUUUAUUUAUGUAGGCUCCAUUCAAGAGCCAGAAGUCAUGGCUUAAAUGGCUUAUAGAUUGAACUUUUAAUCUGGACCACCCCAAUGAUGUCAAAUGUCUAUAUCCAAUGCCGUUGGACUUGCCAUUCUACUUUAUAUUUAAAGUCAUUGUCUCAUUUUCUCAGUUUGGUUUAUGGACAAGUUUAUGUUGAAAUAGAUUUUAUCACAAUGGAAAAACUCCAAAUUGUGAAAUUUUGAGUUUACAUUUGAUGGAAUUCAA